CUUUCAGCAAUCCGCCAUGUUCGGGUUCAUCCGUCAGCACCCCGUCAUCACGGGUCUGGCGGUCGCCGGCAUUUCGGCGGCUGCCGCGUACUAUUUUCGCAAAUCAUUAGUCAGCACAUUUUAUGGAGAGGAGGAGAGUGGUGAGGAUGAGGGCACAGAAGGUGAUGAAAUGGGCGGUGAAGCAAGCAAGACAACCCCGGACACGCCCGUCUCUGCGUCUGGACCCCAGAUGGAGGCACCUCCCGCGGUCCCCGUAGAGGCAGCAGCACCAUCACGCCCAAGAAGGAGCGGACCCCAACAGGACAACUUUGGCGGCUUCCGCAAAGGGUUCCUCGACGGCAAGAGAUUCUAAGCUGCUACGACGGCAACCGUGCUCCAAGGGCUCACAAUUUUAUGAACUGGAACUGAAAUGGAUAACGAUACACGGACAUGGAAAAUAACAUAGAUGAAAAUGAUGAUUAUAGACCGGAACGGAAAUGGAUAACAAUAUACGGACAUGGAAAAUAACAUAGAUGAAAAUGAUGAUUAAUAGACAGGAACGGAAACUGAUAACGAAUUACGGAUUAAAAUAUAAAAAUGAAAAAUAACACACAAAACAUUCAAAGAGCAUUUUGUCAAGAUCGAUGGGUUACACAGAGGGCUUCUCGACAGAGAGACUCAGAGAUUCAGCAGCGUCAACCCUGCAGAAGUGCUAAAAAAAACGACAAGUUGUUUAUUGACCGGAACGGAAAAGGACGAUGAAUAAAGGACAUGGAACAAAUAACAAAAAGCGAAAAAAAAAAAAGAUAGAAAUACGAAUAAGAACACAGAUGGAAGGAUUGAUUGUCUUACUAUUCUAAAGGAAAUGACAAAAAACUUUAUCUAGGUUAGUUAGGUAGCACGUUUUCAUAAGGACUUCCUUCUUGCACUUUGAUGAGGGGUAGGGGCGGGAAGGUGUUCCGCGAAACCGGGUGUUUACACGCGGGCCCCAAGAUUCAAAGUGCUAGUAGGAAUGUCAUUUAGUAUCGAACCAAGUGCUUCAAUCGUGAAAAUAAAAACAUUUAAUGUCA